GCAAUCCAGAAAAACCCUGUCAAAAAGCCUCUGACGUUUUGCUUCUCUAUCUACGAAUAAAAUGCCUUCCAUCUCCAUUUCCGUAGCCACAAGCUGCUUCGCUCGGCCACAAUCUCAAACUCAAGCUCGCUCCAAAACCCAGAGGCAUUCCUCAAAGAGAAACCCUAAUUCGAAGUUCAAGCCUAAAAAUAAAAGGAGCACCAAGUACAAGCCCCUCUCUGUGUCUGCUCCCUCCUCCGGCGUAGAAGCCACCACCUACACUCGCCUCCCUCCUAAACAAGACUUCUCUGCUCCAUCCUCUGAAUCGUCUCGAGAAAUCAAGCUUUUUGAUUCUGAUAUCGCCCAAUUCGAUUUCAAUGAUUUGUCUGAGACGGAAACGGAUAGCGGUGAAGAGGAGGAAGCUGAGGAAGGACUCCAAUAUGAGCAAUUUGAGGUUUUUGAUGGAAAUUCGGAGUAUGAAGACGAUGGGGAGGAGGGAGAGGAGGAUUUUUAUUAUGACUCGGAUGGGAAAAUUGUAAAUUUUCCUAAUGGCGAUUUCAAAUUGGGGACUUUGUCGGAUAAUGAGGGCGAUUUGGAAGUGAAGGAGAAGGGGAUACCGGCUGUAAUGCGAUGCUUUGACUGGGCUAAGAUUUAUGUUAAAGCUGGUGAUGGUGGGAACGGCGUUGUUGCGUUUCGUCGCGAAAAGUAUGUUCCUUUGGGGGGACCGUCAGGUGGGGAUGGAGGGAGGGGAGGGAAUGUGUAUGUGGAGGUGGACGCGGCAAUGAAUUCCCUGUUACCUUUCAGGAAUGGGGUGCAUUUUAGGGCUGGGAGAGGAAGGCACGGGCAAGGGAGGAUGCAGAACGGGGCCAAGGGAGAGGAUGUGGUUGUGAAAGUGGCGCCGGGGACGGUUAUCAGGGAGGCUGGGAGGGAGGAGGUCUUGUUGGAACUGUUAUAUCCGGGACAGCGAGCAUUGCUGCUUCCUGGUGGGAGAGGUGGCCGAGGCAAUGCUUCUUUUAAGUCUGGCGCCAAUAAAGUGCCAAGGUUGGCUGAGAAUGGUGAACAGGGUCCAGAAAUGUGGUUGGAAUUGGAGUUAAAGCUGGUUGCAGAUGUUGGAAUAGUAGGUGCUCCAAAUGCUGGGAAAAGCACACUAUUGAGUGUGAUAAGUGCUGCCCAGCCAGCAAUAGCAAAUUAUCCUUUUACAACUUUACUUCCCAAUUUGGGAGUAGUUUCAUUUGAUUAUGAUUCUACUAUGGUAGUAGCAGAUCUCCCUGGUUUACUUGAAGGAGCACACAGGGGUUUUGGUUUAGGUCAUGAGUUCCUACGGCAUACUGAAAGAUGUUCUGCACUGAUACAUGUUGUUGAUGGUUCCUCUCAGCAGCCGGAGUUUGAGUUUGAUGCUGUACGUCUUGAGCUGGAAAUGUUUAGUCCUGAACUUGCAGAGAAGCCUUAUAUAGUUGCCUAUAACAAAAUGGAUCUUCCAGAGGCAUAUGAAAAUUGGUCUUCAUUUAAGCAAAGCCUACAAGCACGUGGAAUUGAACCUUUUUGCAUGAGUGCAGUGAGUAGAGAAGGCACACACAAUGUUGUCUGUGCUGCUUAUGAGCUUCUUCAAAAGUGUAACGAAUCCAAUAUGGAGUUUGAAGGUUUGACAGCAGCAGAAGAUCUGAAUCAUGUGGCUGAUAUGAUACAUAAGCAGCGCAGUGUCUCUAUUGAUGAGUUUGAGAUCAUUCAUGACAGUAGUUCAAAUACUUGGCAUGUAAUUGGAGCAGGAUUACAACGUUUUGUUCAGAUGACAAACUGGCGAUAUAUGGAUUCUGAGAAAAGGUUCCAACAUGUUCUCGAGGCUUGUGGUGUGAAUCGUUCUCUUAUGAAGCUUGGUGUUAAAGAAGGUGAUACAGUAAUGGUUGGAGAGUUGGACAAUAACUCGUGGUACAAAGCAAGAAUCAAUUUGAGACCUGAGGGUAUCACCAGAGCGUCCACUUUAACCACUAGGCCUAGGUUUUAUUGACUGACGUAUUGUCUUGUUAACCAUCCAUCUUUUAAAACUUUGAUUUUUGAUGACAUAUGACAGUUCAGAAAGCAUCUACUCUUAAAACUGGUAUCCCAUGCAACUUGGAGCCUGUAUGAUACCCUUCAUUUUUAAAGGCUCAAUAACAACUUGCUUUGCCUCUGCUAGAUGGAGAUGGUGUGGCAUGACUACCCUGGAAAUUCUGGUCAACCAAAUAUGGGAAGAAGGUCAACUGAAUCUCUCAAAUGGGCUCAGUGGAAGUAAUCAACAUUUUUUUUUCCUUGGUACACUGCUGGUAGUAGCAGGUUGGCAAAUUUAGAACAAAAUGUUAUGUGUCAUAUGGAUGCAGCAAUAAUGAUGGAGGUUCUAAGUCAAAAAUUGUUGAAGUGGUGGUGGCACUGCUAAUUGUCAUGGUCAACUUAUAAAUCAAUAUAAGGUGCCGGAUCCUAACAAUCAAUGUUACACUGUCAAGCCAUGGGCAACAAACAAGAUUUAGUUGAGGAUUGAGUAGUUGAAAUUAGCAACUGUUGGGAGUAUGUUUUUCAUUUCUGAGUUCAAUGUAAUUUAGACAAAAAAUUUGAGAAAUCAAAAACAUGAGUAAUAUUCAUCAUGUAUUCUAGACCUUUAAAUUGACUCCAAUAUCUUAAUUCAUAAUAAAAAUUCGAUUGAAGG